AUGCGGCUCUUUCUGCUGCCAAUAUCUACGCGCCGCACGCUGCUUUUCUGUGAGCGGGUACUGCCACCAUCGUAUCCGCCGCAGGCGACAGCCGGUGACCAAGCGCAAGCGCAAGACGAUGCAAGCAAGACAGACCAGGCAGCAUUGACGCAGACGCAGACGCAGCUGCAGGUACAGCCACGGGGGAAUGAAUCUCUGGUGGACAAGGCACAGGAUCGCGCCGCCCGGUUCUGGGCAGGCUGGGAGAAGAAGCCGGCGGGUAGCUGGCAGCGUCGUCUCGUCGCCUACGGCAAUGCUGGCUUUCGCCGCAUCACGUUUGAGGAGUGGGGGCUCAAAUCGGUGCCGCCGCUGACGCGACAGCACAGGCUGGCCGUUGAGAGUGGCGACCCUUCCCUCCCGGCACCGCCGGUCGUCGAAAUUGUCUUCCCCCCGUCCAUGCUUCCACCCGGCAGCGUCCCCGGCCUGCUGCACCGGCUUAGCACCGAGCGCGAGUCUCUCCACCGUCAGCGGCUGCUCUGGUGUCUCGUCGGCAUGCCCAUCACGCUGCCGAUAGCCGUCCUCCCAGUCGUGCCCAACAUCCCGUUCUUCUACCUCGUCUACCGGGCCUGGUCGCACUGGCGCGCCAUCUCGGGUGGCAAACACAUCCAGUUCCUGCUGCAGCACAACAAAUUCACCCUCUCGCCGUCGCCAGUUCUUGACGCUGUUUAUGCAAAGGAGAAGGCGAAGUUAGCUGCCGCUUCAGCUACUACGGCUACUGCCGUUGCGCCAGCACACACAAAGGAGGGGGCCAAAGAGGCGGAGGCGCUUCUGCUGUCGAAUCCCGAAGGCGCCAUGGCGGUGUCUGAGGCGGUCGAAUCGCCGCAGCUGGAGCUCGAGCUUGAAAGGGCCACCUGGCAGAUCGAAAUGGCCAUAGGCAAGGCCGAAAAACAGGCAACAGACGAUCGUCAGUCAGCCGAGUCAGGAGCCGUUGGUGGCCAAUCAGAAAAGGUGAAGAGCAAGUCGUCAUGA